AGCCUCGGGGCCACCCGUUCCCGUGUGUCCAUCACUGCAACAAUUCGUCGCAAGACAUCACGCCUCUUCGGCCGCAAUGCCCUCAACACGCCGGGCAUCGAUGACUCGCCCACCCAGAUCGAACCUCUGAGGGCCAAACGUAGUUGGUUCGGCUCGGUCGGAGCUCGCUUCUACCGCCAGGAUUGUAUGCUUCGAGAGUCUCACGAGAGCUCUCAAAAUGUCCAAGUGGAGCUGCAGGAGGAUACAGGCACGCCGAGCACGACGACCACCGCCACGUCGGCAUCUUCGCCCUCGGAGACCUCCCCAGCUCGGUCGCUGGGAAGACAUCGGUUGUUCCGUGGCCGGGGCUUCAGACUCCAAUCCCUCCCCGCCAAGUUCCGUCGAGGAGGCGCAGCCAUUUUUCGUUGGUCCUCGUCAUCAGGCCCUAGCGACGAGGAUAAAGAAAACAUGCCGAUGCUGGACCCUCCCGCUAGUACACGUCCCGACUAUACGGGAAGCUGGAGUUCUUUCCGAUUAGGCGUUCACAAGGCCGUCCGG